GCGGGUGUCUGAUGUAUUUGGGGAAGCUGAAUUCGACGGAACACCGGUGGGAGUUGUUUAUCUGUUCUCCUUGUACGUUCCCGAAACUAGAGACGACGACGUUGUUGUUCUGCUUUCAGUGGGGACAGUGGGCAUCUCCAAGCGGCCACACAGGAGACGAUGCGGAACAGCAUAUUUUUCUCAUCGAGUUCGACCGGAUGGAGCGAUUCAGGAAACUUCACGUCCUUAUGUCCUAAUGGUUCCCAGUGGAUUUGGGAAGGACUUGGGGAAUGUGCCCAGGAUGGGAGGGACAUGGCCAGUGUCUAUCUAGGUCUCCUGUCCAUCGUUUGUUUCAUGGUGUCCUCUCUUCCACAGUACUACAGCUCCUGUAAAAAGGGGAAUAUGGACAGUGCCCUGUCUAUUUGGUUCCUGCUGCUGUGGUUGGGAGGUGAUUCCUGUAACCUGGUGGGAUCCUUUCUGGCUGACCAGCUUCCUCUUCAGACCUAUACGGCCAUUUAUUACGUCUUGGCUGACCUCCUGAUGCUGGGCAUGUACACAUACUACAAAAUGAGGCACAGAAUGACUCAAAGCAGAAGUGUUUUGCAUGUUGUUGGUGUUUCUUGCAUCCUGGGCCUCACCGUAGGCCUCAGCCCCCUCCCUGGGUUCGGCUCGCCAACUGAAAGGAUUUCCUUCGGGUUCAGAAGCCGCUCUUUGCUCUCAACCACUGAUUUUAGCUCUAUCAAGGCUUUUACCCCUAAAGAGAUCAUUGGUUUCUCCAUUGGGUCAGUGUCAUCAGUCCUCUACCUCUGCUCCAGGCUGCCACAAAUGUACACUAAUUUUAAGAGGAAGUCUACAGAGGGAGUGUCCUACUUCUUAUUUGCCCUCGUCAUCUUGGGGAACACCACGUACGGUCUGAGUGUGUUGCUGAAGAACCCUGAGCACGGCCAGGGCGAGAGGAGUUACCUGGUCCAUCACCUGCCCUGGCUCAUCGGGAGCCUUGGAACACUCACCUUGGACCUCAUCAUCUCAGUGCAGUUCUUUAUCUACCGUAAUGCCCCGGUUCAGAACGUGAACGGUAUCGUCGUCAAUGAUGAGACGGCGCCUCUGAUCAGCAGCUGAACCAUCAAACGGACGACAUCUUGGAGAAACUCUCCUCCAAUCAAACCCGCUCGGUUUCAAACUCACUUUUAGUUUUAUUUAUUACGUAGCCAUUCUGUUUAAUGUUUACAGAUUCUUUUAUUCCUGAAAUCCGUGUAUGGACAAAAUGCUUCUGUUUUUGAGCGGAUGGUUUCAGACAUGGAGUUCUGAGUUUCACACCAAGCCUUCUGUUAAUGUCCAGUGAUAUCUGGAAGCUUUGACCAUUCCCUGGAGGUUUACUCUGAAAUACCAACGGUGCUUUUAUAUUUGCGAACGGUUGGUCUGACCGCCAUGCACACGCAGCCCUGUGUGCUCUGGUUUAAGCGGGGCACAAUAACGUCGCUAUCUGUUAUGUUUUAAGGCUUUAGGAGAUCUAUAGCAUGUUUAGUUUAGAUCUAGUCUCUUUUUAAUUUGAAGUAAAACAAUGUGCCAAAAAUUUUUAUAACAAAAAACCCAAACAUUUUUUCAUACAAAUAAAUUUUUUUUGUUAAAAAAAAAAUGAAGGUUUCUUAAAACUAUUGUUUUAA